AUGGGCAUGUUAACAAAGUCAAACAGUACAAAGCUGAAGCAUCGACACAAUUCUUUCGAUGACCUUAAAAAGAUUUUUCUUACAUUAAGAGAUGUGUACUUGAUUGUCUUUGGAAUCGCUACAACCAUAUAUCCCAUAUUUUCAGCUCUCUGUGAUGGCUCAACAACGUGUCCGAACGGCGGCACGUGUAUUUCUCCUGACGAGUGUAGCUGUCCCACCGGCUUUUCUCCGCCUCUAUGUGCUGAUAUUGAUGAGUGUUCCGGUCCAUCACAUGGAUGUGAACAUGAGUGUAGAAACACCGACGGUUCAUACACGUGUACAUGUAGAGGAGGCUUUGUGAGAAAUCCAGAUCUUAAAACAUGCACUGAGGACUGUGGUCACCCUGGAUACAUAAAAGAUGGCACUGUGUCUUUGGCAUCAACACUGUUAGGCGCAUCAGCAAGGUACUCGUGUAAUCAGGGUUACCGUAUAGCCAGCGGGGAUGAAGUUCGACAAUGUCAGAGUGAUUUUUCCUGGAGUGGGCAAGAACCUACAUGCAUAUUCGCCAAUUACUGUGAAAGUUCACCGUGUCUUAACGGUGCUACCUGUGUCAAUCUACUUGGCGGUUUUCGUUGCGAGUGCGCUCAUGGCUGGAACGGGAAUAUAUGUGAAAAUGAUAUAGAGCCCCCAAUGGUGACCGGAUGUCAUGAAGAUAUUCAUGUCAAUGCCACAGAGCAAACUAUUGAAUACAGCUGGACUGAACCCAGUUCUCUGAUAGUAGAGGGUCUGCCAUAGAUAUUGUGUCCAACUAUCCAACUCCAGAGUUCACCUUUCCAUGGGGUGAUUUUACGGUACAAUACGUUGCCACAAAAAUUUCCAACGGUCUAAGAACCGAGUGUUCGUUUAAGAUCAAAGUUAGACCAACACCAUGUAGUCCUUUAAAUGUUCCUAUUAACGGGGCACUGUUAUGUAACGGGUGGCAAAACGGACUAUGGCAGAUUCUGUAUGAUCAUGUGCCAGCAGAAACUUCACGAUUGGUCCAUCCUUCAGCUAUAGCAUGUGGUAUGUGUGUGGCGCCUCUGGUAAUUGGAUCGCCGCCAGUCCUGUACCAGACUGCCAAGUUCCUGUCGACUCUGAGAACGAGGGCUUGUUCUAUCACCCAGAAUACGCUGGCUACGUGUUUACACCAUCUUGUCAAGAUCAAGUCACAAAAAGCACGUUGCAAAAUCUAUAUAUAGAAUAUCUGAAUGGCACUUCUAAAUUUUCUUCGUUUUGCACAACUUAUGGCAAUGAAUGUGUGAAAGAAAAUGUGGAUGUUCAAUGUUAGAGGUCAUAAUAUACAUUAUGUGUAUAAUUUUACAUUGUUACACAUUCCAAGAAUACAACAUUUUGUUAUUUGUCCUAGAAUGGUAUUUUACCGGUUAACAACAUUUACGUUUCAUAACAUAAAAAUGUAUAGAUCAGUUUGAGGUUAAAUGAGUUCCUGGAUAAUUAUAACAAUUAAUAAUUAAAAC